AUGGAACUAUAUCAAGAAGAAGUAUAUGAUAGGGCAAAUAUAAAUAUUAAUGUGAUAAUUAAUGAUAAUAUAAAAGAAGUAAUUAUAAAAAAUCUUAAAAAUAAUAUAAAAGACAAAAAUAUUAGAAUAAACAGCUAUGAUUAUAGUAGCAUCAAUAAAAUAAAUUAUUUUAUCAAAGAUUCUAUAAAUUCUGAAAAUAACAUGCUACAUUUCUGGAUAAAAAAAAUUAAAAUUAUUGCAUCAGUUAUUAUUUUUUGUAUUGACUGGCAGAAUAUAAUUAAUGGUGAUAAAAAUGAUUUAAAUAAAGAAUGUCCUAUUGAGAAAAGUAUUAAAGAUAUGAAAGAAGAUAAUGAGGAAAAUGAAAAUAAUGAUGAAAUAAAUUUAAAUGAGGAAAAUACAAAUGAUGAAAUUUUGAUUAGUAAAGUUUUAAAUAAGUGUAGCAUUCAAAAUGUCGAAUUUAUGAAUGAAAUAAACAAUGAUUUAAUUAAAAAAAUAGAUGAAAUAAAUAAAAUAAUUAUGAAAAGAAAAAAAAUGUGUAAAAUCAUUUUAUUAGUUAUAUUACCAGAAAAUACAAAAAACACAGAAGAAUAUAUCAAGCACAUCACUUUGUUAAAUUCUCAAAAUAUAAAUGCCAUAUUUAUCACUUUAGGUUUAAAAGAAAUACACAAUAAAAUAAAAAAAUUAGAAAAUUUAUUAAAAGAUUGUAUUAAUUCAUUUUUUAAACAAUAUAUAGUUAGUUAUGAAAGUAAAAGUAGUAAAAAUCUGAUAUGCUUCUUUAAUUAUAACUUUAAGAAAGCUUAUAUACUAGAAAUGCUAGAAAAAUAUGAUGAAAGUAUGAAAAUAUAUGUAAAUUUAUGCAAAAUAUUUUAUGAAAACAUAGGGAAAAAAUUAUUUUCAGAUAUCGUAAAAUUUUUUGAGUAUGUUAUCUUUUUUAAUUCAAUUAGCAUAAGAAUGAUAUACAUAUAUUUACAUUUUAAAGAUGUUAAGAAAAGCAUUCACCAUAUAUAUACGCAUAAUAAAAUAAUUUUUCUAGCAUUAAUGAAUAAAAAAUUUACAUAUGAAAAAAAUGAUAAGUUGUUAGAAAUUAUUAAUGUUUUUAAUAUAACUUGCAGUCAUGAUUUUGUGAACUACAUAAAGUAUUCUGCGCUUGAUGAUGUAAAACAUAAGAAGACAAUGAUAUUAAAUGAAGAUUGUUUGAGUGAAUUGGUUUAUAUUUUAUAUGAUAGAAUAAUUAAAGAAUAUCUAUAUUAUAAUUUACUCUCAUGUGUAUAUUUUUAUUUUUACAGAAUAAUUAAAAAUAUUAACAUUAAUAUUCACGAUGUAGCUGUAUAUGGCCUUUAUUGCUGUUUUUGCAUUCAUUAUAAAAUUAAAGCACUUAAAAAAAGAAAAAAAUUAAUUAAUGAGUUUAGAAACAUUAAACUUGAUACUUACUUUAAAAUAGCUUCAAUUUCCCAUUUACACGAUUUUAUUUUAAAUUUUUUAAUUGAAAUUUUUCACAUAAUAAGUAUAAAUAAUAUUUAUAAUUUAUCUGUAAUUAUUAUUUAUUUUUUGUGUAUGAUAUAUUUUGAAAAAAAAAACUAUAUAUUUUGCUUGUAUUUAUUGUUACAAUUUUUCAACCAUAAAGAUCCCUUUUUUAUAUUAAGUUCAUUUGAUACCGUAAUUCUAAAGGAAGAAAAAUGUGACAUAAAUGAUUUUUAUACAUCUCUAGAAAAAUUUAAAGAAGAAAAAACUUAUCUUAGAAAUAGAAGAGGAAACUAUUAUGGAUGCUUGAUACUUUUGGUAGUAAAUAGCUUAGGAUUUUUAUUAAAUCAUGAAAAAAUAAUAACAAAUAUAGAUAAAAAUAUUUUAAACAAUGAAAAAUUUAACAUAGUACAUUAUGAAAAUUUAUUUAUCAAUAUUUGCUUUGAAUAUUUGAACAUAUUAAUAAGUAAUAAUAAUCAAAGGGAACAAAUUGAAUUCACUGAAUUUAUUACUUCAUAUUUUAAGUUCAUAAAUAAAGAUUUCUUUUUUCAUAAAGAAUUAGAUAUAUCAAUAUCUAAUAUAUUUAUGAACUUAUACUAUUUAAUUGAUGAGAAUAAUCUUAAAAUUUUUUUAAAAAUAAAAAAUAAAAGCUACACUAAUUUUAUUUUAUUUCCGUUUAUUGGAAUUUCAAUAAAUAAUAAACUGUCAUAUUUUAAGUUAACUUUUUCAAACAUUUAUGAAGAUAUUUUUUUUUCGUAUGCAGAAAAAGUAAGUUAUGAAAACAUAGAUGAAUUAUUUUUAAUUGAUUAUUUAUCCAAGGAAAAGAGAUUAAAUCAUGAAAAUAGUUGUAUAAAUGAUCAAAAUGUGAUAAAUAAACAAAGUGUAAAGAAUAGUGAAAAGUUAUUUUUAGACAAAGAAAAUUUAAUUAGUUUAUUUUUAUGUAAUAAAAAAGGAAAUGAAAUUGAUAUUAAUCAUGUUGAAUUAUAUUUACAUAUUUAUAAUCAAAUUAUAAAAAUAAAAAUAAAUAAAAUUUUCACCUAUUGCUUAAGAAAAGAAUAUUUAGAAAAACUAAAUAUUUUAGAAGAAAAAAUAUCAAUUAAGACAAAUAAUAAUAUUUAUCUAGAUCAUAAUGAUACUAAAAAUAAUUUAAACAUAGUAUCUGAUAGUUUAGUUUUAAAAAAUUCAUUUGGAGAAUUUAAUCCUAAAGAAAAUGACAUACUUAACGAAAAAUCAAUAAUAAAUAAUAUUAAUUAUGUUGAUUUAAAAAAUGUUAAUCAAGAUGAUAACAUUGUAUUUGAAAUAAGGAAUAGUAAUGAAAUAAAUAAGGCAGAUUUUUAUAAAUUAAAGAAAGGGAUAUACCUAAAUAAAUAUAAAAAUAAAAUUAUAUUUAAUAAAAAUAAAUAUUUCUAUAAAAAUAUAUUAAUUAAAUAUGUGAAUUAUUUUGUCUAUUCAAAUAAUAAUAUUUUAUAUUUAGGUGAAUAUAAUAUUUCCUAUAUUUUUAUUAAAUGCUCAAAAUACAUUCAAAAUUUUGAAUUAUAUUUUUCAUUUAUCACAGAAGACAUAGAAAAUUUAAACUUUUAUUUAUUAACGAAAAAUAGUAAUAUAAUAGGUGUUCAAAAAAUUAAAAGUGGGGAAAAAGUUAAAUUCACUGUAGAUAAAAAGAUAUGCAAAUUUUUUCAAAAAAGAAAUAAUAUUACAAGUUGUUCUAACUAUGUAAACACUAAUAAAAAAACAUUAAAAAAUAAAUUAUAUAAGAAAGAUAUUAAUUAUAUGCAUACCACUUGUGAGAAUGUUAAUAAUGAUAAUGAUAAUGAUGAUAAUGACGAUGAUGAUGACGAUGAUGAUGAGGAUGAGGAUGAUGAUGAGGAUGAUGAAGAGGAUGAAGAUGAGGAUAACUAUAGUAGUUAUAAUGAGUAUAGUUAUGAUAAAAAUAAAAAUAUAAAUUCUAUGAAAAAUGUAUCCAGUGUAUCAAUUAAAAAUAAUGAAAUAGAUGAAUUCAUUAUUGAUAGAACUUUUCAUAAAUUAUUAACAGAUGAUUUAAAUAAAGAAAUGGAUGAAUUAUUAGAAAAAAAAGAAAAUGAUUUGUUUUUUUUUGAGAUUAAAUUGAAUAAAAGAAAAAGAAAUAUAGAAAAAAAACUUAAAAAAUUAUAUGGAAAAAGCAAUUUUUGUAAUGAAUGCUAUAUAUCAUAUAAUAUUAGAAAAGAAAAAAAAAAUAGAAAUAAAAUUUUUUCAUUUUAUUCAAACCAAGAAGAAAAAUUAAUAUGUAUACCAUUUCUUAUAUAUCCAAAAAAUUCAAAAAAUUCAAAAAAUAUAAAUGUAAAUUUUGAAUUUUUUUUCAAAAGUGUUUAUUUUAAAGAUACUUUAAAAUAUUCGAUGAUAUAUUAUAUUGAACCUUCAAUAAUAACAAUGGUAACAAAGAUGAAAGUAUUAAACGAUAAAAAGAAAAUGAAUGAAAAUACAGGAGAUGAUUAUAUAAAUAAAAUGGUUAAUAAUAAUGAAACAUGUAAAUUAUUGAAAAAUCAUUCUAAAGAAAAAAAUUACAACAUUGAUACACUUAAUGAUAAUAAGAACCAAAAAAUCUAUAAUGAUUUAAAUUAUUAUUAUAUAUAUAUAUAUAAUAAUAAUAUAAAUAGUAUAGCUAUCAAAAAUAUAACGGGUAGAAAAUUAAAUGACAUAAUCCAAGUUAAAUAUAAAAGUACAUACUGUGAUUUAAUAAAAACUUCUAAUGAAAACAUAAAUAUAAAUUAUCAAUUUAAUUAUAAAAAUUUACUUUUUCCAUUUAACAAAAUAUUUAAAGAAGUAACUUUUGUUUAUUCAAUAAAAUUACCAUACAAUGAUUUAGAAGAUGUAAAAGAAAUAAAUUUCAUAAAAGAACAAAAAAAAAGCAAAAUUAAAAUAGAAUUGAUUUACUCUAAAAUUGUAAGAUAUAAUGAAACUUUUAUUGUCGAAUCUGUUAUAACUAAUGAAACAAAUAUUACUGAAGAAGUUGUUAUUUUUCUAUAUGAUAACCAAAAACGAAGAAAAAAAGCAUAUCAUGAUAAAAAUAAUUUAGAACGAACAAAACAAAAUAGAAAAAUUCAAGACGUUAAAAAAAAAAAAAUACAUGAACACAAAAACACAUUUGGAAGUAGUUCUGAGUUUUCUUUUUCAGAUGAUUUAGAAAAUUUAAUUGAUCAUGAUUAUUCCUUAUCAGUUGAUGAAGAUGACAAUUAUAAAAAGGAUUAUAUAAUAACAGGUGUUAAAAUAAUGAAGAAUAUUUUAUUACCUUAUCAAACAAUUCGAUUAAAAUGGGCUUUUAUUGCAUUUACAUAUGGUAAUAUAAAAUUACCUAAUGUAUUAAUAAAAAGAAAAACAAAAAUAAAAAAUAAUAUAAAUGUUUUCUCAUCACCAAAUAUUGAAUUAUUCGUAAUAUAG